AGAAUUUUUUGUUGAACUUGGUGGUGCAAAAGGUCUUCUUUUUGUUCAGUGUGAUAAUGGUGAAGCGAACUUCAACUUAAUUGCCUGUUGUCGAUAUCUUGUUGAUGACACCCGGCGUCGUACACUAGAAAUAAUGAUUGGACAUUCUGUGAAACCUAUCCAUAUUAUCUUUAUUAUUCAAUUUCCGAAGAUUGCAGGGGGAUGUCAACAUUUUGUAGGAUUUCAAGGUGGAAAGUGGCAGUCAGUUCAUAUUGACGAACUUCUUGAAUCGAAUGAACAACUUCCACACAUUGAACAGCUUGUAAAUCGCUCAGUAAGUGAUUUGUUUCUGCCAGCAAACCUUUCAAGAGUUGAGGACAUUGAAGACAUAGCAGGUGAUCAAAAUGUUGACGCUAGUUCACCUAAUGGUAGCGAAGAUUUAAGUCCAGAGAGUACAAAGGUAAAAGAAGCAUGCGGUAUAUUAUAUAAAAACUUUUCAUUUGGCUCAAAGUAGAAAAUUACUAGGCCUAAAUUAUGUUUUAUGAAAGUCCAGUAGCGACCUUUGUGAAGUAUUGGUUAGAGUACAAUAUGUGAGCUAUAUUAGAAGUUUGCUUGGCGCUGAAUGUAUGCAACGCGCACAAUUGUACAAUGCGCGACUUCCACUAAGGUGUCACGUGACAAAUUCGAGUCAUUUAUCAUGGCAACGAAAAACAAAAAGGUAUAUUUAUAAUGUUAAAAGCUGACAUCAACCUGUCUUUUCACAUGUUUGUUGAAGUUAAGAGCAAAACACUGUUUUUAACAUAUUUCGCAUGUCCAUCACCGCUGCAUGGUCAUUGUUUUCCCUAAGGCAUUGCAAUUUGUAUUUUGUUUUAUUAGCCCGCCUGCACUUUAGUGCAGAAGAGCUAUUUCCGUAGUCUGCGUCCGCGUUUAUACACUAGAUGAUAAGUUGAAUGAUAAAAUACCCCCGCUUUAAUUAGAAAUUAAACGAGACUUACCAUAAAAAUUCUACCAAAUCACUGAUAGUACAUAAAUGUUGCACGCAUCGCCGUAGAUCAGCUUUAGAAGACAUUUUGUGGUCACUCGAAAGAGACCAAUGAAAACAUAUUCAAUGCAGAACUAAAAGCUGUUAAGCUUAAACGAGCUGAGCUGAGGUGGGUAUGUAGAGCGUCGAAUGGUAUUAUGGGCAUGUUAACCCUGUUGUACUAUUAGUGAUUUGGUAGAAUUUUUAUCCAACCUCAACUUUAGAUAAACCUCGUUUAAUUUCUAAUUCUAACAAAUCACUAUACGUGCAUCCGGGUUACCAUGAGAUUUUAAAACAGUAAGCACGAAAUGAUGCCUCCGCAGAAGAAACAUGUUAUUUUACACUCCCUAACAGGCCGGCCGAGAGGUUGCACGGGGCCCGGAGCCAAACUUUCCCAGAGACCCGUAUGGCUUCAUAAUUGUAAAACGGAAGAAGCAGUGUUUUACAGUAUAUUACACUUUAUUGCAAUUAUCCGGCGCUAACGCAGCUAGGAUUAAUUUUCUCAGUAUCACGAAAUUUUAAGGGCCUUCGUUGCUUUGGAACUUCCUUUUGAGCUAGGGGUCCGGGCAAAGUGCUCCUUGAUCACUUCACUUCCUUCUCUCAGCGGCCCUAUUUUCUAAUACCUUAAGAAAUAAUUGUAUACUCUCUUUUCAAAACGGUUAAACUCAUUUGGUUACAGAAACUGACUUAUUGUUAUAGAAUUUUCGGAAUGUCGACUUUUUUCAAACUGGCUGUGGCAUAAAAUUACGUCCACCUGUACUGGCGUAGUCGCUUUGCUGGUUCAAGCGGAUAUAAUGCUGUGAGCUGAAAAUUGUGUCAUGUUGACACCUGUUUGUCCUACCAAUGUUUUUAUCCACCGUCCAAUAGUCGAUGCUGUCACAGACCGUACGACUUAAUAACUUUUUAUAUAAUGAUAUAAUAUAAUAAUAUAACAUUUUAUACACAACAUGCAGCUUCCUAUCAGUAUAGUCGUACAGAGAUAGAUUUCCAAAAACACGACCAAGUCGGUCUUGUUUGAUGUGUUUAGUAACAACAAACAGAUACAAAUUCCCCGUCAUGUACAAAUACUCUGCAGAGAUGUCCAGAAAGGUCAAAGCCUGACAUCUUUGUCGAAUAAUAUUGGCCAUCGAUGUUGCCAAUUUCAGCGUAAGUUUCUUCAGAAAUAAUUUUUCUAAUGGCCAUAAUUUGAACAAUUAGUCACGGACAAGGUCAACCGGCUAAGUAGAAUGAUACUUUGGGACAGAAAAAAUAAGAUUAGAUUAGGAUUUGAUUAAGAUUUGGGGUUAGGGUUACAGCUCAACAUGUAUCGCGAAUUUAUUCUAUUAAUAAAUUCGGACCUGUUUAAAUUAACGAUUUACUCAUAUAGUAAAUUCAAAGGUGGAACUCAUGCUGGGUUUUUUCUGUCUGUUACUUGAUAAAUCGAUCAAAAUUAAGCUUGUUAAGCUCUUCCACUUCUAUUUUAAGUUCAUCCCUAAACAGAUAGGUUGAAAUAGCUAUUGUUAAUAUUAUUGAACUAUAAUUCUGCUUAUUAAGAUCAGGAGAAAUCAACUAUCAGUGUUUCAUGUUAACUUCACUAUGGCUAUUGGAAGGUGCUCUGAUACGAUUAAAGUAGAUUUACGAUAGUAACAGUAUCAAUUUAAUUUGUUUAGGAUUUCAAUGAAAAAGAAGUUGAUCACGACAAAAUUGAACCACCACUAUUGUUAAAAAACUGCCUGCAAGCUGCAGCGGCAAGAAUUUAUGAUGAGUCAGCUGAGGUCGACAGGGCCAUGAAACGUAUUGUAAUAUUGCUUGAAUGGUUGCCCGAAGAUGAUUCAGAAGAAACGG